GUUGUUUCAAGAUGGCCGCCUCAAGAGUCGAGGGGCUCCUCAGAGUUGUGCAGUUUCAGCUCAGGAACCUGUCUUUACGGCCACUGUUGUGCUCAAAGCUCCACACCAGUGCAUUGCAACCUGCUACGUUUUCAGUUACCAGAGCAAUAUGGGGGAAAACACCAGCUGAAAUUGAAGAAGAAAAGGGAAUUCCAGAACCACCACGAGAGACCAUUUACCAUGUCAGGAGAGAGAUCAAGGGAAGCCCAACAAAGUUUAAUGCAGUAGCAAAACAGAUUAGAGGACUGCAGAUUGAAGAAGCUAUUAAACAGAUGACAUUUUCACCCAAAAGACCAGCAGAAAUUAUUAAACAAGUAAUCCUAGAAGCACAAGACAAAGCCCAAAAGGAGCAUGAUAUAGAGGACAAGAUGCACCUGUGGGUUGCCCAGUCUUAUGCUAGCAAAGGACCUUACAUCAAGAGAAUGCGCUAUCAUGCAAGGGGUCGCUAUGGCGUCAUGCAUAUAAAAUACUGUCACUAUUUUGUUGUCCUGAAAGAAGGAAUAGCUAGGCCAAGAAACAAGAAAAGAAGGAGGAGACACAUGAGUGAGUUAGAGCUAGUGCAAAGGCACCCACGACACAUUCGCAACUCUCUAUCAUGGUGGUGAUUGAAAGGCUUGGUUCCGAUCAUAAUUCUGGUGGAAAAUGUAAUUUAUCUUCAAAACUAUGACACACUGCUUACUUGGUAAUUAAUCUUGAUAAAAUGUGUACCAAACAUGGUAAAUAAAACCCUUUCUGGCAUUCUCUGAACAUACCAUGCCAACGAUGGUAGCCCCUGUUGAUUGAGUGAUCUAUAUGUUUGUAUUUAUUGGUAUAUAAAUGGAUAAUCAAAAGAUAGUUAACUGAUAAUCAACAGUUGGUCAAUGUUAAAUCCACAGUUAGCUGAUGUAUUGUAAAUGGCUGACUGACCAAUAGAUAGUUGGUCCAGGUCUCAACGCUGCAGUAAUGCAUUAUCCAGCUAACAUCUUGACUGAAACAAUAGCCAAAUUUCGGUCAUUACCAAACAACAGACUCUCAGCUAAGUUAACCGUAGAUUGACUAUCAGUAGAUUUAUUGACUAAGGUACAAAGGAUGAAAAAUCAGUGAGGACAAAUAGCAGUGUUCAUCUUGGAAUUGAACCAAGUGUUUAUCAUACUAUGACAUCAAACUUGCCUCUGAACUAGUUUACAAGGAAAUACAAUGCAAAUUGAAGGGGAAAUUUACUCGUAAGAUCUUAAGGUUCAACAGUUUUUCUCCUUCUUUCCAUCUUUGUCACCGACGACACUGAAUUGAUGGCAUUUAUUAUGUUAUGAACAAUCAGUAUAUCUGUAGUGUUUGUUGAAUUUUUAUACAAUUUUAUCAAAUGCUGUCCCUUUAAUAUUCUAUAAUAUGCAAUUUGAGUAACUUCCGUCCUGUUUAAUUGUUUCUUAUAAGGACGGAGCAACGUGAAAAUUACAAAACAAACACAAACGAACUGACCAGGACAAAGAGCGUAGCAAGAGCUAACGCAAAGGCUGAUGACGAAAUAAACAAGAUUGAUUAUCUCUCCAUUUUAUUACAAAGAGUACAUAUAAAAUAAUAUGCAAUUUUAUUUACAUUCCAACUGUAUUACUUUAAACUUUUGAUAUUUUUUAUAGGCAGUCCACAACGCCCUUCAAUAACAACCUAAACAGCAUAUUUUCUCAAAAUGGCACAAUUCUCAAAUCUUGUCUACUUCAGUAGUGCUACACCAAGAAUUGCUAACAAGGACACUUCUAGAAAAGCGUUUCAAAUUUGUGCGUACUACAAAAGACGACAAGCAUGCAUGAUAUAAUACCAACUUUAAGUCGCCCGAUCAUAUUGUAUCCAGGUAAGUCUCUAACUAAACAACUUUGAAAAAUAACCUCCCCAUAGGCUCGGAUUUCCCCAGUAUACUGACGUUCGGGAUCUGCUAGAGGCACUUGUGGAGACCACAACUGCCUUCUGUAUGAACGGACGAGAGGAACAUGAGUUGCCGCGAGUUCGGGCAGUGAGGAAAUUAAAAUUCUUGGGUUUUUUUUCUUCCUUUCAAUUAAAAAAAAAAAAAA